GAUCACCGAUCCACAGAAAGAGCCGAAGAUGUCGGCUCGGUCAUGUGAUCAGCUGUGUCCAAUCACAGCUGAUCACAUAGCACUGAUGAUCAGUGUAGCCCCAGCAGUGCCACCUGUCAGUGUCCAUCAGUGCCAGCUCUCAGUGCUCAUCCAUGCCACCUGCAGGUGCCCAUCAAUGCCACAUUUCAGUGACCAUCAGUGCCACAUCAAUGCCACAUAUCAGUGCCCAUCUGAGCUGCCUUUCAGUGUCACCCAUCAGUGCCAAUCAGUGCCACCUAUCAAUACCAGUCAGUGCCACCUAUCAGUGCUGCCAAUCAGUGCCACCUAUCAGUGCCAGUCAGUGCCACCUAUUAGUGUGCAUCAGUGCUCCUUAUCAGUGCUGCCUAACAGUGCCAGUCAGUGCCACCUAACAGUGCCAGUCAGU